CCCGAGUCACGUGACCCGGGGCAGCCCGGAAAGCUCCGAGGAGGAGCCUGGCGCCGCCAUUUUCCUGCAGCUGCCUGUCCCUCUUGCCCUGCCCGGCUCCAGCUGACCAGGGAAGGGGUGGGCUGAGCUGAGGCGGGGGCAGGGGAGUGCCCGACACCGUGCCUGACCCCGCGGGUGACAAGAGCCGGUUCUUUCCGGGCUGGGUGGCUGCGCGCGGCCCUGAGCCCCGCCCCAGGCCGGCAGGCGGAGAAGGAGCCGGUGGGGGUAGGGGGUGCGGUGGGGGGUGGGGGUCCUCCGGCGCUUGGGGGUCCCAGUCCCCGCCGGCUACGGAGCGGGAGGGGUGGCGGAGGAGCCGCAGAAAUGUCCGGCCAGAGCUUGACAGACCGAAUCACCGCCGCCCAGCACAGUGUCACCGGCUCCGCCGUGUCCAAGACAGUAUGCAAGGCCACGACCCACGAGAUCAUGGGGCCCAAGAAAAAGCACCUGGACUACUUAAUUCAGUGCACAAAUGAGAUGAAUGUGAACAUCCCACAGUUGGCAGACAGUUUAUUUGAGAGAACUACUAACAGUAGUUGGGUGGUGGUCUUCAAAUCUCUCAUUACAACUCACCAUUUGAUGGUGUAUGGAAAUGAGCGUUUUAUUCAGUAUUUGGCUUCAAGAAACACGUUGUUUAACUUAAGCAAUUUUUUGGAUAAAAGUGGAUUGCAAGGAUAUGACAUGUCUACCUUUAUUAGGCGGUAUAGUAGAUAUCUAAAUGAAAAAGCAGUUUCAUACAGACAAGUUGCAUUUGAUUUCACAAAAGUGAAAAGAGGGGCUGAUGGAGUUAUGAGAACAAUGAACACCGAAAAACUCCUAAAAACUGUACCAAUUAUUCAAAAUCAAAUGGAUGCCCUUCUUGAUUUUAAUGUUAAUAGCAAUGAACUUACAAAUGGAGUAAUAAAUGCUGCCUUCAUGCUCCUGUUCAAAGAUGCCAUUAGACUGUUUGCAGCAUAUAAUGAAGGAAUUAUUAAUCUGUUGGAAAAAUAUUUCGAUAUGAAAAAGAACCAGUGCAAAGAAGGUCUUGACAUCUAUAAGAAGUUCCUGACUAGGAUGACAAGAAUCUCAGAGUUUCUCAAAGUUGCAGAGCAAGUUGGAAUUGACAGAGGUGAUAUACCAGACCUUUCACAGGCCCCCAGCAGUCUUCUUGAUGCUUUGGAACAACAUUUAGCUUCCUUGGAAGGAAAGAAAAUCAAAGAUUCUACAGCUGCAAGCAGGGCGACAACACUGUCCAACGCAGUCUCUUCCCUGGCAAGCACUGGCCUGUCUCUUACCAAAGUGGAUGAAAGGGAAAAGCAGGCAGCAUUAGAGGAAGAACAGGCUCGUUUAAAAGCUUUAAAGGAACAGCGCCUAAAAGAACUUGCAAAGAAACCUCAUACCUCUUUAACAACUGCAGCCUCGCCUGUGUCCACCUCAGCAGGGGGUAUAAUGACUGCACCAGCCAUUGACAUAUUUUCUACCCCUAGUUCUUCUAACAGCACAUCAAAGCUACCAAAUGAUCUGCUUGAUUUGCAGCAGCCAACUUUUCACCCAUCUGUACUUCCUAUGUCGACUGCUUCUCAGGUAGCAAGUACAUGGGGAGAUCCUUUCUCUGCUACUAUAGAUGCUGUUGAUGAUGCCAUUCCAAGCUUAAAUCCUUUCCUCACAAAAAGUAGUGGUGAUGUUCACCUUCCCAUUUCUUCAGAUGUAUCCACUUUUACUACUAGGACACCUACUCAUGAAAUGUUUGUUGAGUCUUUUUGUGGCACUCAAGCUUAUCGUAAUACUACCCUUAUGUGCCAUGAGCCUUCUACUGUAGCUGGUGUAUUUGGAGGAUUCACUCCUUCUCCAGUUGCACAGCCGCAUCCUUCAGCUGGCCUUAAUGUUGACUUUGAAUCUGUGUUUGGAAAUAAAUCUACCAGCGUUAUUGUAGAUUCUGGGGGCUUUGAUGAACUAGGUGGACUUCUCAAACCAACAGUGGCCUCUCAGAACCAGAGUCUUCCUGUUGCCAAACUCCCACCUAACAAGUUAGUAUCUGAUGACUUGGAUUCAUCCUUAGCCAACCUUGUUGGCAAUCUUGGCAUUGGAAAUGGAACCACUAAGAAUGAUGUAAAUUGGAGUCAGCCAGGUGAAAAGAAGCUAACUGGAGGAUCUAACUGGCAACCAAAGGUUGCACCAACAACUGCUUGGAAUGCUGCAACAAUGAAUGGCAUGCAUUUUCCACAAUACGCACCCCCUGUAAUGGCCUAUCCUGUUACUACACCAACAGGCCUGAUAGGAUAUGGAAUCCCUCCUCAAAUGGGAAGUGUACCUGUAAUGACACAACCAACCUUAAUAUACAGCCAGCCUGUUGUGAGACCACCAAACCCUUUUGGCCCUGUAUCAGGAGCACAGAUACAGUUUAUGUAACUAGAUGGAAAAGAAUGGAAUUAUUCCGAAAAGACAAGUGCUCAAGCAGCAAAUACUUAACUUCCAGCAAAAUCCAAACUGCUGUCUGUUAAACUCUCUUCUUCCAUUAGAAUGCUACAGUAACCCAGUGAAGGCCCAUGAAGGAAAUUGGGACUACUCUAUAGGAGAACAUAUCAAUACAGUUUAUAAAGCCAAGAAUUGCCAUGAUUUCAGACUAAGAGCUGUCUUUUUGGUGACUAACUCUUCAGUUAUUUCAACUCCUAUUAAUACCCAUAAUCAGUAACCUACCAAGAAAAGCCCUUAUUUGGAAAGUGUGAAAUUUGUAUUUGGAAAAGCUGCCUGGAGAGAAGAGCUGUGUCCUUCACUGUAAUGCAACAGGACUCUUUUGGGGGGGAUCAAAUCAUACUUCUUAAUUAUGCAGUAUCUUUCUUUUCUCCAGUCCUCACAGAUACAGAAACAGUAACUAAAAUUAACUUUUCUUUUAUAAAAAAUUAUAUAUUCAGUUUGCAGUAGACAUUCCUUAAGUAUUUGUAUUUAUUUAUGAUUAUCAAUUUACGUAACAUUAAUAUUGUAUCAGACCUCCUUAUGAAAAUGAGUAUGGAUGUACACGGUAUGUUUGAUUUUUAUCCAUAAGAGUGAAUCUGAUUCAGAAUGCUUUGCAGCUGACAUACAGAGCACUAAAUAUUUUAAGGCAAGUCCAUAGGUCUGAAUCGCUUAAGAAUUCUCAGUCUCUAUGGGAUUUAGGGAAGCAUUAUAAAUGCAUUAAUCCUUAUAGUCAAUUCUGUGCCUAGGAUUUUGCAAGGGAACAGUUCACUGAACUAGGAAAAGCACUACAUUUUAAAUUCAGCAUUAGUGCAUUGGGAAGGAACUUUACUGCUUUGUGCUUGGCAUGUCAUUAUUUUCCAUUUGACAUUAGGGCCUUUCCAAAAUGAAUGUGAGGAAUUGCUUUCACUUCAAGACUUUCCUUCUUUUCAGUAAAACUCUAGGAGGUGUUAUGGGGGGAGGGGAGGGGACACAAUCCUUGAACCUUUUAUUUGGCUCAUGCCAUGAUAUGAUCAUGUACCUUUUAAAUAAGGGGAAAUAGUAUCUUUAAAGUUAAUGUCUAGCCAAGAGUUUAGUUAACGAAGAAUUAAACUGCACUGUUGAUCGGUGCUUUGUGUAAAUACAUCUUAAUGUUUGGGUUGAGAGGGGCCUUAAGAAGGACAGUUUGUUGUAGGAAAGCAAUUCUGUACAUGAGUUGAAGCAUACUUGUUGCAUUGUCUCUGCAGAUUCUAUUUUUGUUUACAAUAUUAAAAUGUAUGUUAGCAAAAAUGGGUGGAUUUUCAAAUAAAAUGCAGCUUCCACAAAAUUUUGUUAUGGUA